AUGCGUGAAAUAGUUCACCUUCAAGCAGGGCAAUGCGGAAAUCAAAUUGGAGCCAAGUUCUGGGAAGUCAUCUCCGAUGAACAUGGAAUCGACCCAACCGGUACCUACCAUGGCGACUCUGACUUGCAACUUGAAAGAAUCAACGUGUACUACAACGAAGCAACAGGAGGCAAGUACGUACCCCGUGCAAUUCUUGUUGACUUAGAGCCAGGCACUAUGGAUUCUGUUAGGUCGGGUCCUUUUGGGCAAAUAUUUCGCCCCGACAACUUUGUUUUCGGUCAGAGUGGUGCUGGAAACAACUGGGCCAAAGGGCAUUACACAGAAGGUGCAGAACUCGUUGAUUCAAUCCUUGAUGUUGUCCGCAAGGAAGCAGAAGGUUGUGACUGCCUUCAAGGGUUCCAAUUGACUCAUUCUCUAGGAGGGGGAACCGGAGCAGGUUUGGGAACAUUAAUGAUUUCCAAAAUUCGAGAGGAAUAUCCUGAUCGAAUUAUGGUUACAUUUAGUAUUGUGCCAUCCCCAAAAGUGUCCGAUACUGUGGUGGAGCCUUACAAUGCAACAUUGUCAGUCCACCAACUUGUUGAAAACACUGAUGAGACCUUUUGUAUUGAUAAUGAGGCCUUAUACGAUAUUUGUUUCCGAACACUGAAGCUUACAACCCCCACAUACGGUGAUCUCAACCAUCUUGUUUCUGCCACAAUGUCAGGAGUGACAACUUGUCUGAGAUUUCCUGGACAGCUCAAUUCUGAUCUCCGCAAGCUCGCUGUGAAUAUGGUUCCAUUCCCUCGCCUUCAUUUCUUCAUCCCGGGAUUUGCUCCGUUAACAUCGCGAGGCAGUCAGCAGUACAGAGCUCUCACGGUUCCCGAGUUGACGCAACAGAUGUUUGACGCUAAGAACAUGAUGGCUGCUUGUGAUCCUCGUCAUGGUCGAUACUUGACUGUCGCCGCCAUCUUCAGAGGAAGAAUGUCGAUGAAGGAAGUUGACGAGCAAAUGCUGAACGUUCAGAACAAGAACAGCAGUUAUUUUGUCGAAUGGAUUCCAAACAACGUGAAGACAGCAGUCUGUGACAUCCCUCCUCGCGGCCUCAAAAUGUCUGCUACGUUUAUUGGCAACACUACCGCGAUCCAGGAACUCUUCAAACGAGUGUCUGAGCAAUUCACUGCUAUGUUCCGACGAAAGGCAUUUUUGCAUUGGUACACUGGCGAAGGAAUGGAUGAAAUGGAGUUCACUGAAGCGGAAUCGAACAUGAAUGACCUGGUGUCGGAAUAUCAGCAAUAUCAAGAUGCCACCGCUGAGGAAGAAGGGGAGUUUGACGAAGGGGAAGGAGAAGAAGAGGAAGGUUGA